GGAGGCACGUGCCUGGAAACUGUUUCAGCAGAGAUGAGUGGAAGUGUUUCUGGAGAUCUAGACUAGAAGAAAGAGAAUCAUGAAGAUGUUGCUGAAGGAAUAAAACAAUUCUAUAGGUGCUGGUGCAAAAACAGUUUAGCAAUGGAUCAAAGAAAAAAUGAUAGUUUUGUCCCAAGUAUCACACAGUUGGAAGACUUCCUAACAGAACAUGACUCCAAUGUUGUUUGGCUGUUAGUAGCGACGAUAUUGUCUUGUGGAUGGAUUAUCUACCUAACUUACUAUAAUUCCCGGAACAUUGGACUCAUUUUAACGUUGGUCCUUAACAGAUUAUAUAAACAUGGCUACAUCCAUAUUGGCUCCUUUUCAUUCUCUGUGCUGUCUGGAAAAGUCAUGGUUCGCGAAAUCUAUUUCAUCACAGAAGACAUGUCUAUCAGAAUUCAAGAUGGAUUUAUCAUAUUUCGCUGGUGGAAGAUGUACAACCCUAAGCAGAAGCAGCAUGAUCCAAAGGCAGAAACACGACUGUAUAUUACGGUGAAUGACUUUGAAUUUCAUGUGUACAACCGUUCUAAGCUUUAUGGACAACUUCAGGAACUGUUUGGCUUGGAUCCUACAAUAAUUCCAGCAAAAAAAGAUGAUGAAAAAGCACAAGUAAAUGGGAGGCAGAGAACACAUACCAAUCUUGAAAGCGUUAAAGUAAAAACAGAAUCUCAAGACCCUUCUUCUUCAUGGAGAUCGCUUAUUCCAGUCAUUAAAGUCAAUGUGAGCACGGGUCGCUUGGCAUUUGGGAAUCACUAUCAGCCACAAACACUUUGUAUUAACUUUGAUGAUGCUUUUUUGACAUAUACCACAAAACCACCUUCGAGCCACCUUGAUCAGUUUAUGCACAUUGUGAAAGGAAAAUUGGAAAAUGUUAGAGUCAUGCUGGUUCCAAGUCCAAGAUAUGUUGGUCUUCAAAAUGAUGAACCACCGAGGCUAAUGGGUGAAGGUUUUGUUGUCAUGCAGUCCAAUGAUGUUGAUAUCUAUUACUAUAUGGAUGAACCAGGUCUUGUGCCAGAGGAGACAGAGGAAAGUAAUGACGGAGAAGCAAACAAUGAAGACAGCAAAUUACAGGAUCUGCCACCAUGUUGGGGUUUGGACAUUGUUUGUGGAAAAGGAACAGACUUCAACUAUGGACCUUGGGCUGAUAGACAGAGGGAUUGCUUGUGGAAGUUUUUCUUCCCACCAGACUACCAAGUUAUGAAAGUCUCAGAAAUUGCUCAGCCUGGGAAACCACGACAGAUUCUUGCUUUUGAACUGCGGAUGAAUAUUAUUGCAGAUGCCACCAUUGAUUUGCUUUUUACCAAAAAUAGGGAAACUAAUGCUGUACAUGUAAAUGUUGGUGCAGGAUCAUAUUUGGAAAUAAAUAUUCCCAUGACAGUAGGUGAAAAUGGCUAUUCACCUACAAUUAAAGGGCAGCUUCUACACGUUGAUGCCACCAGCAGUAUGCAGUACCGGACUCUCUUAGAAGCUGAAAUGUUAGCUUUUCAUAUUAAUGCCAGCUAUCCUCGGAUAUGGAACAUGCCACAGACAUGGCAAUGCGAACUUGAGGUUUAUAAAGCAACCUAUCAUUUUAUCUUUGCUCAGAAAAGCUUCUUUACAGAUUUGAUCCAAGACUGGUCCAGUGAUAGCGCACCCGAUAUUUUUUCAUUUGUUCCUUAUAUGUGGAACUUCAAAAUCAUGUUUCAUCAAUUUGAAAUGAUUUGGGCAGCAAAUCAACACAACUGGAUUGACUGUUCCACCAAACAACAAGAAAAUGUUUAUCUAGCAGCUUGUGGAGAAACAUUGAACAUUGUUUUCUCGCUACCUUUCACUGACUUUGUUCCAACCACAUGCAAUACUAGAUUCUCUUUAAGGGGAGAAGAUGUCGAUCUUCAUUUGUAUCUACCAGAUUGUCAUCCUAGUAAAUAUUCCCUUUUUAUGUUGGUGAAAGAUUGUCAGCCUAAUAAAAUAAGUCCUGAAUCUUGUAUUUCUGCCGAAUGUCAAAGUGGUCAGAAAACAGGGAAACCCAAAUGGAGGAACAUUACUCAAGAAGAGGCUGGAUGGGUUGAAUGUUGGACAGUCCCAAGCGUUGUGUUUACAAUUGACUAUUCAUGGCACCCCAUUUAUCCUCAAAAGGCAGAUGAGCAGUUGAAACAAUCCCUGUCAGAAAUGGAAGAAACAAUGUUAUCUGUGCUAAGGCCAUCCCAGAAAACAGCCGACAGUGUGAUUUCAUCUCCCACAGCGUCAGCUCGCCUUCCCCUUGACCCCUCAGAGCUGCCCCCGGAUAAGCUCCACGUGGAACUGGAACUCUCCCCGGAUUCCCAGAUAACCCUGUAUGGACCCCUGCUCAAAGCUUUUCUGUCCAUAAAGGAAAAUUAUUUUGGAGAAGAUGACAUGUACACUGAUUUUGAAGAAGUUAUUUCAAGCCCUGUUUUGUCACUGUCAACAUCUUCAAGCUCUGGAUGGACAGCUGUUGGAGUGGAAAAUGACAAAAAAGAAAAUGAAAGUUCAGUCAAGCCAGUUCACCCUCUUACCUUACGCCCAUGGGAUAUCACUGUGCUUGUUAACUUGUACAAAGUGCAUGGGCGAUUACCAGUGCAUUGCAGUCCAGAUGGUCCUGAGUGCCCUACAGCUUUCUUGGAAAGAUUGUGUUUUGAGAUGAAGAAAGGAUUUAGAGAAACAAUGCUUCAACUUGUACUGUCUCCAGUGAAUUUGUUUCUGAAUGACAACUAUCAGCGACCUGCAGUGGAUGAAGUUCUUCGAGAGGGUCACAUCAGCCUGUCAGGUCUGCAGUUGCGUGCUCACGCAAUGUUUUCAGCGGAAGGUCUGCCUCUUGGAAGCGAUACUCUAGAAUAUGCAUGGCUGAUAGAUGUACAGGCUGGAAGCCUGACAGCCAAAGUUACGGCACCGCAGCUUGCUUGUCUUCUGGAAUGGGGGCAGACCUUUGUAUUUCACGUGGUAUGCCAGGAGUUUGAACUGGAAAGGCCAAAAUCUGUAAUAAUAUGCCAGCAUGGAAUUGAUCGUCGGUUUUGUGACUCUAAGAUGAACUGUGUCCCUGGGCCAUGCCCAACAUCUGAUGACUUAAAGUACACUAUGACACGCUUAGCCAUGGAUGGAGCAGAUCUGUAUGUGGUAGAACAUGGCUGUGCCACCAAUAUAAAGAUGGGUGCUAUACGUAUUGCAAACUGCAACCUCCACAACCAGUCUGUUGGAGAAGGUAUAAGUGCUGCUAUUCAAGACUUUCAACUGAGACAAUAUGUUGAGCAGGUGAACAAUUGCAGAACUGGUCUUCAGCCCAUAUUAAGGAGGGCAUAUUGGCUGGAAGCUGGCUCUGUCAACUUGGGGCUCAUCACUGCUGACAUCGCUUUAGCUGCAGAUCAUCCUUCUAAACAUGAAGUGCAGAGACAUUUCUUAGAAACACAUGAUAAUCGAACGAAGAGGUUGUGGUUUUUGUGGCCUGAUGAUAAUUUGAGGAAUAAGAGAAGCAAGAACAAGUGUGGCUGUCUUGGUGGUUGUCGAUUCUUCGGUGGCACAUUAACAGGACUAGAUUUUUUCAAACUCGAGGAACUGACACCUUCAAGCAGCUCCGCUUUCUCAAGUACAAGUGCAGAAUCUGAUAUGUUUUAUGGGCAGUCUUUACUGCAGCCGGGAGAAUGGAUAAUUACUAAGGAGAUACCUAAAAUUUUAGAUGGUAAAGCAAAUGGUGUAAAACGAAAAGAUUGGGAUUGCAGAUCUGUGGGUAUAGAAAUAGAAAGAAAAGCACAACAUCUAAGCCUACAAGUGCCGUUGCGCUCUCAUAGCUCCUCAUCGUCUUCGGAGGAAACGAGUAGUUCUAGUGCUGCACUCCCCUUGCUUGCAGGCGAGAAGGACAGCCCAUCAUCAACUACAGAGGAUCACUUGGGACAGAAGGAGUUCUUGUCGGGUACAAAAAGGGAAGAUGGUCACGGAAGUGUUGCAGCUGAGGGUGCGGAGGGCAGCCCUGCAUCCCCUGGCAACCAGGAAAGACUUGUUGGUCAGUCUCCUCUGCGGUCUCCACUGAAACGGCAAGCGUCUGUGUGCUCCACCCGCCUCGGGAGCACCAAGAGCCUCACAGCAGCCUUCUAUGGAGACAAGCAGCCUGUUCCAGUUGGCGUGCAGUUCAGCAGCGAUGUGUCUCGCAGUGAUGAGAAUGUCUUGGAUUCCCCAAAGCAGAGGAGGAGCUUUGGUUCUUUUCCGUAUACUCCAUCUGCAGAUUCAAACUCAUUUCACCAGUAUCGCUCAAUGGAUUCCAGUAUGUCAAUGGCUGAUAGCGAAGCUUAUUUUUCUGCAGCAGAAGAGUUUGAGCCAAUAAGUAGUGAUGAAGGUCCAGGAACCUAUCCAGGGAGGAAGAAGAGAAAAAAGCAAGCUCAGAAAAUUGAAUAUAGUAGAGGGUCUAUUUAUCACAGUGUGGAAGGACCCUUAACAAGCACAAUCCAUGGAGAAAUUAGUCAAGAUGUUAAAACGCUGCCAAUUAAGACUCAUCCUUCACAGGCUUCAUUUGUUUCGGCUCUGGGAGGAGAUGAUGAGCAUGUUGAGAACAUAUACGUCAUGGAAUCUGAGAAGACUGUGGAAAGUGAGCAAAUAACUUCCCAGCAGCCUGUAAUGGCAUGUUACCAAAAUUAUCUUACACAGUUCCAGGUGAUCAACUGGUCAGUAAAGCAUCCAACUAACAAAAGAACUUCAAAGUCCUCAUUACAUCGCCCUUUAGACCUUGACACGCCAACGAGUGAAGAAAGUUCAUCAUCUUUUGAGCAACUUUCUGUCCCAACUUUUAAGAUUGUUAAACAGGGUCUCACAGCUAAUUCGUUACUGGACAGAGGCAUGCAGCUUACAGGAUCAACAUCUAAUACACCUUAUACUCCUUUGGAAAAGAAGUCUGCAGAAAAUACAGAUGAUGAAACCAUAACAGAAGAAUGGACAUUGGAUCACCCUGUCUUCCAGACACGGACAACGGCAAUAGUAGAAGUAAAAGGAACUGUAGAUGUUGUUCUGACUCCUCUUGUAGCAGAGGCACUGGAUAGGUAUAUAGAAGCAAUGGUGCAUUGUGCUAGCUCUCGACACCCAGCAGCAAUUGUUGAUGAUCUGCACUGCAAAGUUCUUCGAGAUGCUGUACAGAACAGCAAAACAAGCUUCUCAGAAAAUUUAUCUUCGAAGCAGGAUAUUAGAGGAACAAAAAUAGACGCUACCACUACAGGAACAACAAAUCAGGGACCAGCACAGACCAAUCUCUCACUUAAGCAAGAUAAUGUGACAAUUAAAGGUCUUCAGGCCAACGUUACUGUACCAAAGGUGAACCUGUGUUUACUACAAGCAUCUGUUGAUGAAUCCCCAGGGGUUUCUUCUGGCAAAACCGUGACUCAUGUUUCAUUAGUAGCUUUGUGUUUUGAUAGAAUUGCCACGCAAGUUCGUAUGAAUAGAGGUAUAGUUGAGGAGACUUCAAACAAUGCAGAAACUGGGAGGAAUUCUGUCACAUUUGAUCGUUACAUCCAAACCAGUAAAAUGCAGCCUCAGUCUUCUGGCUCCCUGAGAUCCAAUGCUGGAGCAGAAAAAGGAAAAGAAAUUGCUGCUAAACUGAACAUCCAUCGUGUUCAUGGACAACUCAGAGGCCUUGAUACGACAGAUAUUGGAACUUGUGCAAUAACAGCUAUUCCUUUUGGGAAAUCAAAAGUUCUUUUUACUUUGGAAGAGUUGGAUGAGUUUGCUUUUGUGGAUGAAACAGAUCAACAAGCUGUUCCAGAUGUAGCUCGAAUUGGUCCUAGUCAAGAGAAGUGGGGUUGGAUAAUGUUUGAGUGUGGAAUUGAAAAUUUAACUAUAAAAGGAGGAAGACAAUCUGGAGCAGUGUUGUAUAAUACGUUUGGAGUCAUGGGUAAAUCAAGAGAUACAGAAAGAGGUGGAUUGCUUGCAUCAAAUAGGUGGUUUUGUUUGGAAGUGAGUAACAUUCAUAAUAAGAAUGUUUAACAGAUGAUGUCUUGUGCCAACUGAAUUCAUACUGUCUGCUUGCACACUAAACUUCCAGCUUUCUGCAAGGAUGAAGGGGUUGAAUCUGAUGAUCUGAAAAAAGAUAUACCCUUGAUGCCUCCUCCCCCUGACUCUUGCAGCAUGAAGCUAACGAUCAAAGAAAUUUGGUUUAGUUUUGCAGCCCCUACCAAUGUGCGCUCUCCAGCCCAUAUAUUUUCAAGGCAGCUGAACCUCCUGAGUACUGCAACGCCCGCAGUUGGUGCUUGGCUUGUUCCCAUUGAUCAAGUGAAAUCGUCAUUAAAUAAACUAGAAACUGAAGGAACCCUGCGAAUCUGUGCUGUUAUGGGUUGCAUUAUGACAGAAGCUUUAGAGAAUAAAAGUGUGCACUUUCCUCUGAGAAGCAAGUACAACAGGCUUACCAAAGUGGCUCGUUUCUUGCAAGAAAAUCCUUCUUGUUUACUGUGUAAUAUAUUGCACCAUUACCUUCAUCAAGCAAAUUACUCCAUUAUUGAGGAUGCCACCAUGAGUGAUGGCCUUCCUGCCUUAGUAACCUUAAAGAAAGGUCUGGUUGCCUUAGCAAGGCAAUGGAUGAAGUUCAUUGUGGUGACCCCAGCUUUUAAAGGAGUCAGCUUGCACAGACCCGCUCAGCCGGUGAGAUUGCAGACAAAUGCCUGCCACGAGCACGAGGAUGGGCUUGGAUUAGACAACGGAGCGGGUCUUCAGAGUGACACAAGUGCUGAUGGAGCAGAGUUUGAAUUUGAUGCAGCUACUGUCAGUGAACAUACGAUGCUCCUGGAAGGAACAGCUAAUCGCCCUCCACCUGCUGGUGGCUCUUCUGGGCCUGUAACUGGUGCUGAGAUCAUGAGGAAAUUAUCCAAGACUCACACUCACAGUGAUUCUGUUCUGAAAAUAAAGGGUAUACAUCCGUAUCAUUCCUUAAGUUACACUAGCGGCGAUACAGCUACAGAUUCACCAGUGCACGUUGGCCGUUCUGGAAUGGCAGUCAAAGAAAGUCCAAGAAAAGAGAGUCUGCUCAGCUAUCUUACUGGGAGUUUUCCUAGCCUGCAUAAUCUUUUGGAAGGGACUCCUCAAAGAAGUACAACUGCAGUUAAAAGUAGUUCUUUAACAAGAACAGGAAAUACUGUGGCCACAGACAUGUUAUCUGAACAUCCUUUGCUGUCUGAACCAUCUUCUGUGAGUUUCUAUAACUGGAUGUCCAAUGCUGUGGGCAACAGAGGAAGCGUAGUACAAGAAAGUCCAGCCACCAAAUCUGGACACAAUAGUCUUCCAACAGGUGUGGCACCCAAUCUUCCUACAAUACCCUCUGCUUCAGACUUCAACACAGUUUUGUCUAGUGACCAGAACACCCUGGAUGGCACACACUCGCAGCACAGCACCAGCCAGGAUGACAUUGCAGGUGUAGAAGAGGGUAACCAGGGGUUUCCUGCUGUCCAGCUAGCAGAUGCACAGGUUGUUUUCAAACCUCUUCUAAGUUACACGGGAAUUCAGUCUCAGGAUGCAAUGCCACUCUGCUACAGAAUGUACUUCGGAGAGUACCUUUCAUUCUCAGGAACUUUGGACUGCCUAAGAGCAGAUAUUGUUGAUUCAGAUACAGCAAAGGAAAGAAAAAGCAAGCGAGCUCGAAGGCAAGGCGCUGUCAAUCUUCCUCCUCUUGAAUUCAAACCAGCUUUGAUGUUAGAAACUUUCAGUAUUAGUGCUGUUGUAAUGGAGAAAUCCAUGUGCACACCUCAUAACUCCACCAAUGCCCUUUCUUUUCAUGACUUGAAUAAACGCUAUUAUAAUACUUUUCACUGUAAUUUUACAAUUUCUUGCCAGUCCAUAAGCCAGCACGUGGAUAUGGCACUGGUUCGUCUCAUUCAUCAGUUCAGUACAAUGAUUGAUGAUAUCAAAGCCACGCAGACGGACAUCAAGCUUAGCAGAUACACGGCUGGAUCAGCCUCUCCGACACCUACUUUUAAAACCCGCAAACACAGAGACUUCCGCUCUUCUGACUUCAGCCGAAGCUCUCGAGGAAGUCUUAAUGGAGGUAACAGAGUAAACAACACCAAGAACAAACGAACGAACAAUGAGAACAAUAAAAAAGAGUCUCGAAACAAGAAUUCCUUGGGGAGGUCAGAAAGAAGAACUUCUAAAGUGUCCAGGAAAGGUUCAAAAGAUGUAGUUGACCACAUGACUAUUCAUAUGGAUGACUCUGACUCUAUUACGGUGUCGGAACAGAGCGAACCUUCUGCUGAGUGCUGGCAAAAUAUGUAUAAAUUAUUGAACUUCUAUUCACUCAUUUCUGAUCCAACUGGGAUUUUAGAAAAGUCUUCUGAAACUUUCGGGCCAACAGGUGUUCGAAGCCCGACCGAACCUGCCUGUCGAGUGGUGUUCGAGAACGAACAGGAUAAUGGCAGAGACACGCAGAGGAAGCGCAGCCUGGUGACUUCGGAGCCACAGCACGUGACUCUCAUCGUCUUUGGAAUUGGCAUGGUGAACCGAACCCACCUGGAGGCAGACAUUGGCGGUCUAACGAUGGAAUCUGAACUGAAGAGAAUCCAUGGCAGCUUCACCCUGAAAGAAAAAAUGAAAGAUGUGCUACAUCAAAAGAUGACGGAGACAUGUGCCACUGCUCACAUAGGAGGUGUCAAUAUUGUCCUGCUGGAGGGAAUUACCCCAAAUAUCCAACUGGAGGAUUUUCCUACAUCUCCUACAAGCACAGCCAAACAAGAGUUUCUAACUGUCGUGAAAUGCAGUAUUGCCAAAUCCCAGGCCCUGUAUAGUGCCCAGAGAGGGUUGAAAACAAACAACGCUGCUGUGGUCAAAGUUGGAGCCAUCAGCAUCAACAUUCCUCAGCACCCUGCCACGCUGCACAGCAUGAUGGUGCGCAGUUCUCACCAGCUCUCCAAGCAGAUUUCGGAUCUCAUCAGGCAGCCAUCAACUGCGCCCCAGCCUACCAAAGAAGAUGUUGCGACUCCUUUGCCCUCUGAAAAGACUCCAACAAGUAUUAAUCAAACGCCUGUUGAAACGAAUGAAUUUCCACAGCUGCCAGAAGGCUUAGAAAAGAAGCCCAUAGUUCUUAAAUUCAGUGCCAUGAUAGAUGGUAUAGCUAUUGGAGCAGCGCUCUUGCCCUCUCUGAAGGCAGAAUAUAAGAUGGGAAGAAUGAGGAGUCACGGAAUGACAGGCGCCCAAACUAGAUUUAAUUUUGAGCUACCAAGUCACAGAUUGCGCUUUACUUCAAAAGUCUCUGCCACUGAUAUGUCAACCAUUCCUCCUUCGGCAAGUCUCAACCUUCCUCCUGUCACGAUGUCAGGCAAAUAUAUCAUGGAAGAACAUGAUACUUACUCGGACCAAAUUUGGAGCAUAGAUGAACUACCUGCUAAGCAAGGCUAUUAUCUACAGGGGAACUACUUGCGUUGUGUGGCUGAAGUUGGUUCCUUUGAACAUAAUCUCACAACUGAUCUUUUAAAUCAUUUAGUGUUUGUACAAAAAGUGUUUAUGAAGGAAGUAAAUGAAGUCAUACAGAAGGUUUCGGGAGGGGAGCAGCCAAUACCUCUUUGGAAUGAACAUGAUGGUACAACCGAUGGAGAAAAACCAAAAAUUCUUCUUUACUCAUUGAGCCUACAGUUUAAGGGAAUUCAAGUGACAGCUACAACUCCCUCAAUGCGAGCCGUGAGAUUUGAAACUGGAUUGAUAGAACUUGAACUCUCAAACAGACUGCAAACCAAAGCAAUGCCUGGAAGUAGCAGCUACCUCAAACUGUUUGGGAAAUGCCAGGUGGAUUUAAAUCUGGCACUAGGACAGAUCGUUAAACAUCAGGUUUAUGAAGAAGCUGGCUCAGAUUUUCAUCAAGUUGCCUAUUUCAAGACAAGGAUUGGAUUAAGAAAUGCUCUCCGAGAAGAAAUCAGUGGCUCAUCAGAUAGAGAAGCUGUGCUCAUUACUUUGAACAGACCAAUUGUUUUUGCUCAGCCCGUGGCCUUUGAUAGAGCUGUGCUAUUUUGGCUGAACUACAAGGCUGCAUACGACAACUGGAAUGAACAGAGAAUGGCUUUACAUAAAGACAUUCAUAUGGCCACAAAAGAAGUAGUAGAUAUGCUGCCUGGAAUCCAACAAACCUCUGCGCAGGCUUUUGGGACCCUCUUUCUUCAGCUGACUGUCAAUGACUUAGGAAUUUGCCUGCCCAUCACAAACACACCUCAGUCCAACCACACUGCAGAUCUUGACACUGGCUCUGCUUUAGUCCUGACUAUUGAAAGCACAUUAAUCACUGCCUGCUCUUCAGAGUCUUUAGUUAGCAAAGGUCAUUUUAAAAACUUCUGUAUCCGCUUUGCUGAUGGCUUUGAGACAAGUUGGGAUGACUGGAAACCAGAAAUAAGAGGAGAUCUAGUCAUGAACGCAUGCGUUGUGCCAGACGGUACAUAUGAAGUAUGUUCUAGGACGACAGGACAGGCUGCAGCAGAAAGUAGUAGUGCUGGAACCUGGACACUGAAUGUGUUAUGGAAAAUGUGUGGUAUUGAUGUCCACAUGGAUCCCAACAUUGGAAAAAGAUUGAAUGCUUUAGGCAACACCCUCACAACAUUGACAGGAGAAGAAGAUAUUGAUGAUAUUGCUGACCUCAACUCUGUAAAUAUAGCUGACCUUUCAGAUGAGGAUGAAGUUGACACUAUGUCUCCCACUAUACAUGCAAGAUCAGGUGGAGGUUCAUUAUAUGGAGAUGCACGCAAGCUGACGUUUGGGCAGCGGAUUGUAAAUCACCUGCUGGGUUUGAGCCCCCCAAACCAUCGAUACUCUGUUCCUGUAGAAUAUCUAUUGGGGUCAGCGAAGUGUGAUUCUCUUCAGUCUAGCAGAUCACAUAUGAAAGCAGGCAGAUCCUGCUCAUGGGGACAUGAGAUUGUUGAUCACCGACGGCAGGGUGCUUCUAGUAUCCAAACUGGAGAACAGCGAGGAAGAAAAUUUGUGAAACGUUUAGUUGAUAUUAGAGAACUCAAUGAGCAAGCUAAAGUUAUUGAUGACUUAAAAAAAUUAGGUGCAAGUGAAGGAACUAUAAAUCAAGAAAUUCAGCGCUAUCAGCAACUGGAGUCGGUGGCUGUGAAUGAUAUCCGCCGAGACGUUCGUAAAAAGCUACGUAGAUCCAGUAUGAGGGCUGCCUCCUUGAAAGACAAAUGGGGUCUCAGCUACAAACCCAGCUAUAGCCGAUCUAAGAGUAUUUCAGCAUCAGGAAGACCACCUCUGAAGAGAAUGGACAGAACAAGCUCUCGACUAGGAGACAGUGAAGACCUCCCAGAUAUCCGUGUAGAUGCUGCAUCUCCUGGUCCAAGAGUAACCUUCAACAUACAGGAUUCUUUGAAUAAAACAGCUUUGGGGAUUGCACAACAAUCCAGCUGUCCUGGGGAAGGGUAUUUUCAGUUUCCAGAGGAGACAGAAAUGGACCUUUUGUCUGUAACUAUUGAUGGUCCCUCCCAUUACUCAUCUACUAGUGAAGGCUCAUGCUCGGUAUUUGGUUCACCCAAAACUCCAGUAGUCUUCUCACCCGGCAUUCCCUUCCAGCCUGAAGAAGGACGCCGGGAUGACAGCUUGUCAUCAAGCAGUGAGGACUCCGAGAAGGAGGAUGACCAUGAAAGAGAGAGAACGUAUUUUUAUAGGAAACCACCGAGUGCCUCUCGCAAGAAAGCAACAGGCUUCGCUGCUGUCCACCAACUGUUCACUGAGCGCUGGCCAACAACACCUACCAACAGAAGUAUGACUGGCACGACCACGGAGAGAAAUAUUGACUUUGAACUUGAUAUCAGGGUUGAAAUUGAUUGUGGAAAAUGUGUACUGCACCCUACAAUGCUUCAGCAAGAACACGAUGACAUUAGUUUACGAAGGAGCUAUGAUCGGAGCUCCAGAAGUUUAGAUCAAGAGUCUCCUUCAAAAAAGAAGAAAUUUCAAACUAAUUAUGCAUCUACAACUCACUUACUUGCUGGCAAGAAAGUGCCGUCAUCUCUACAGACAAAAUCUAGUGAUGUGGAAACAACAGUGUUUUAUAUUCCUGGGGUGGAUGUAAAGUUGCACUACAACUCUAAGACUUUAAAGACUGAAUCACCAAAUACUUCUCGAGGAUCGUCUUUGCCAAGAACCCUUUCCAAAGAGUCCAAACUGUAUGGUAUGAAAGAUACUGCCACAUCUCCUCCUUUAUCUAGCACUAUCCACAGCAAGACUAACACCUUACUUCCUCCCCAACCCCCACCCAUCCCAUCAGCCAAAGGGAAAGGAAGUGGUGGAGUGAAAACUGCUAAACUAUAUGCAUGGGUUGCGCUCCAGUCACUGCCAGAGGAAAUGGUGAUUAGCCCGUGCUUACUGGACUUCCUAGAGAAAGCUCUUGAAACCAUUCCAAUUACACCCAUUGAAAGGAAUUACACAGCUGUUAGUUCACAGGAUGAAGACAUGGGACAAUUCGAUAUACAAGAUCCCUUAGAAGAGUCCACAACAUCAUUAGUAUCGUCCUCGACAUCAGCAUAUUCAUCCUUCCCUGUAGAUGUGGUGGUUUAUGUACGAGUUCAGCCCUCUCAAAUCAAGUUCAGUUGCUUGCCGGUAUCAAGAGUUGAAUGUAUGCUGAAAUUGCCGUCCCUGGAUCUUGUUUUCUCUUCAAACCGAGGAGAACUGGAAACAUUAGGCACAACGUACCCAUCAGAAAAUGUGUCAGUUGGUGGCAAUACCUCACAGAGUGGCUCAAAGAAUUCAGUUAGUAAAUCUGGAGCACCAGGUUCAUCACCUGGACUAGGCAGCCCUCUUGGCAGAACACGGCACAGCAGCAGUCAGUCAGACUUGACUACUUCUAGUAGCAGCUCUUCAGGCCUGAGCUUUACCGCCUGCAUGUCUGACUUCUCCCUUUACGUGUUCCAUCCGUAUGGAGCUGGAAAACAAAAGUCUGCUGUUACUGUUCUAACCCCUGGGUCAGGAGCCUUAGGUAAUGUGGAUGAGGAGACAACUUCGGUCACUGGCCGGAAGGAUUCUUUGAGCAUUAACCUUGAGUUUGUGAAAGUCAGCCUGUCACGAAUAAGGCGUUCAGGAGGCUCCUCCUUUUUUGAGAGUCAGUCUGCAAGCAAAGCUACCAGCAAGAUAGAUACUACAUUGAUAAAUAUAUCUGCUGUCUGUGAUAUAGGAUCUGCUUCUUUUAAAUACGAUAUGCGCCGACUCAGUGAGAUUCUAGCCUUUCCAAGGGCUUGGUACAGGAGAAGCAUUGCUAGGCGGCUUUUCCUAGGUGAUCAAACAAUAAAUCUGCCAGCAUCGGGUCCUGGAACACCAGAUUCAAUUGAAGGGGUAAGCCAGCAUCUUUCUCCUGAAUCAUCACGGAAAGCUUACUGUAGGACGUGGGAGCAGCCCUGCCAAUCUGCUUCAUUUACACACAUGGCACAGUCACCUAAUGUUUUUGGUGAACAUAAUGCAAGCAGCAGUAUGUCACCUGGGACAGCAUCUCAUAGCUUAAAGUCUCCAGCUGUUACAAGAUCCAGGAGCGUGUCUGACUCUUCAGUGCCUCAGAGAGAUACCCUCUCAAAAACAUCAACGCCAUUUAAUAAGUCCAAUAAAGCUGGAAGCCAGCAAGGAACACCAUGGGAAACACUGGUUGUAUUUGCUAUGAACCUAAAACAAUUAAACGUUCAAAUGAACAUGAGCAAUGUAAUGGGCAAUACUACGUGGACCACCAGUGGUUUGAAAAGCCAGGGUCGUCUCUCUGUGGGUAGUAGCAGAGAUCGGGAAAUUAGCAUGUCUGUUGGCUUGGGAAGAUCUCAGUUGGACUCCAGAGGGGGAGUUGUUGGAGGUACCAUAGAUGUUAAUACCCUGGAGAUGGUGGCUCAUAUUUCUGAACACCCAAACCAACAGCCCAGUCAUAAAAUUCAGAUUACCAUGGGUUCUACUGAAGCACGUGUUGACUAUAUGGGGUCCAGUAUCCUAAUGGGAAUCUUCAGUAAUGCUGAUCUUAAACUGCAGGAUGAAUGGAAAAUUAAUCUGUAUAAUGCUUUGGACUCGAGCAUCUCUGAUAAAAGUGAGAUAUUUGUCCAUGGGGACUUGAAAUGGGAUAUCUUCCAAGUGAUGAUUUCAAGAUCGACUACACCAGACCUAAUAAAAAUAGGAAUGAAACUCCAGGAGUUCUUUACUCAGCAGUUUGAUACAAGCAAGCGAGCUUUGUCCACCUGGGGACCUGUUCCUUAUCUCCCUCCCAAGACAAUGGCCAACAACUUAGAGAGAAGCUCACAUGAGCAAUUCUUGGAUGCAGCCCAUCAUCGCCAUUGGCCAGGAGUUUUGAAAGUGGUAUCUGGGUGCCAUAUAUCCUUAUUUCAGAUGCCAUUGCCGGAAGAUGGAAUGCAAUUUGGAGGAUCCAUGAGCCUGCAUGGAAACCAUAUGACGUUGGCUUGUUUUCAUGGACCGAAUUUCCGCUCAAAAUCGUGGGCCUUGUUUCACCUUGAAGAACCCAAUAUUGCAUUUUGGACAGAAGCCCAGAAAGUUUGGGAAGAUGGUACUAGUGAACACUCCACGUAUAUCGUGCAAACCCUGGACUUUCAUUUGGGCCAUAACACUAUGGUCACCAAACCGUGUGGAGCCCUGGAAAGCCCUAUGGCAACAAUCACAAAGAUAACAAGGCGCCGCCAUGAAAACCCCCCACAUGGAGUUGCCAGCGUGAAAGAGUGGUUCAAUUAUGUUACAGCCACAAGGAAUGAAGAGUUAAACCUGCUUCGAAAUGUUGAUGCUAACAACCCGGAGAGCAGCACAACAGUGAAAAGCUCAAGCUUAUUAAGUGGCUUCAGAGGUGGCUCCAGUUACAACCAUGAAACUGAAACUAUCUUCGCAUUGCCAAGGAUGCAGCUGGAUUUUAAAUCUAUUCAUGUUCAAGAGCCCCAAGAGCCUUCAUUACAAGAUACAAGUGUUAAACCAAAGGUGGAAUGCAGUGUAGUAACUGAAUUUACAGACCACAUUUGUGUAACUAUGGAUGCUGAAUUGAUUAUGUUUCUGCAUGACUUGGUGUCCGCUUAUCUAAAAGAAAAAGAAAAAGCAAUUUUUCCUCCUCGGAUUUUGGCUGCUCGUCCAGGGCAGAAAAACUCUGUUGGUGUUCUUGAGGACAGCUCCACUGACAAGGAGGCAGAGGAAAGCAUUACUUACACUACAGUCGACUGGAGAGAAUUUAUGUGCAAUACUUGGCAUUUGGAACCCACGCUCAGAUUAAUAUCCUGGACUGGGAGAAAAAUUGAUCCCGUUGGUGUUGACUACAUCCUCCAAAAGUUGGGCUUUCACCACGCAAGGACUACUAUUCCUAAGUGGCUGCAGCGGGGUGUCAUGGAUCCUUUGGACAAAGUUUUGUCGGUCCUUAUAAAGAAACUCGGUACUGCACUACAGGAUGAAAAGGAAAAGAAAGGAAAAGACAAAGAAGAAUACUAAAAGUAUAAUGUGACAACCGUAAUUCCGUUUGAUUUUAUCAAAGUGUUUUAUUGUAUUUUAAGAAUUUAAAUAUGGUUUGAAGAGAAACCUAACAGCUUUUUUGCUACUCUAUUUAAAACUUACAUUGUGAGUAACUGUUUACUGUGGUACAUGAUACCAUUCUGUAUUUGAAGUUAUUGCAUGAUGAUGACCAAUGUAUUAUUCUGUGAAGGAAUAGCUGGAACACUGUAAAUCUGCUCCGCAGCGUCCACUGUUUUACUAUGUGCAAUAUGAUUCCUGCAUCUUUAAAAUACUUGCAGAUUAACUGUGAAUUUUCAUAAACUUUAUUUGCCAUAACACACCCCCCUCGAUGUGACCGGUAAUUGAUUUGUCAAUGUAGACUCGUGUAAAUUAUAUAUAUAUAUAUAACUUAUGAAACUGUGAUUGCCUUAGUGCUAAAAAUCAUUAAGUUUAUUACACUUGUAAUAAAAUUUA